GUGCUGUCCUACCUGCUGUCAAUAGUCGCCCCCAUGUCCUUCGUUGCCUGGUCCCUGCAUUGUUUCAUAUUUGCGAUGUUGAUAACUGGCUUUUCCUCUAAAAGUAUGAUCUGCCGCAUCGUCACUGCGGUCUGGAUGGUCACAUACGUCGUCAACAUUGGGGCGAUGUUGAUGGAAACUAUGUGGAAGUAUGCUUACAAGCCUCAAUCACGCUAGAUAUCGCCAGUAGUUUUCACUUUGUAAGCCUGGUGCUUACAACGACCAAAUCCUUGUUUCACCCGCGGACGGCGGUUUGUCUAUGUUAUACAAGCAGUGGCCUUCAGUCGCUUUUUAUUGGCACACUCAUGUCAUUUCACUACAAAAGCAGUACAUCAUCUUUCUCUUCAUGUGCUCCUGAAAUAAGCACGGUGUAUCUAGACGGCUUUUAAUGCGGGACAAUACAGUAUAUAGUUGACCACGAGCAAAA